CAAGCGAGACCAUAUGGGACCGCAAAACAAAACUCUCUUUUAUUUCUGAGAAAGAAGAAAAAAAAAAUCUAUUUAUUUUUUGUGCGAGAGAGAGAAAAUGGAGAAGAAGCGAGUUUAAAAAUCGCUUUUGAAGAAGAAGGGGUUGGUUAUUCAUUUUCAAUUCUCAAAAGAGAAAAAAAAAAACCAAACCUUAUCAUUUAUUUUUUUGUUUUUUCAUUUUUUUCAUGGCGAAAGGGAGAACCGCAGAUCCAACGGCGGAACGUGAACCUAUGAAAAGCCCGGCGAACGAGCCGCGUUACCGCGGCGUCAGGAAGCGACCAUGGGGCCGAUUCGCAGCCGAGAUUCGAGAUCCAUGGAAAAAAGCCCGUGUUUGGUUAGGUACUUUUGAUUCCGCCGAAGAAGCGGCCCGGGCUUAUGAUACCGCGGCCCGUUCCUACCGUGGGCCUAAAGCCAAAACCAAUUUUCCUCUCCCCGAGGAAGAAAACAACCACAACAGCAACAACAACAUCCCUAAUCAUCAGAUUCCUCUUACUCCUAACCGUGUUGGGCUUUCGAAGUUGGAUCCGGUUCAGGUUAAUUGGCCCACUAGUAGCGGUAUGAGUAGUACCGUCGAAUCGUUUAGUGGACCUAGGGUUCCUUCUUCUUCUACAACAAUUUCUAGGGUUCAUCAUGCUCCUAGACCUAUUGUUCCUAUUGCUGAUUGUCACAGUGAUUGUGAUUCUUCUUCUUCCGUUGUUGAUGAUCAGGAUUUUGUCCUCACUUCAUCAGUUCGGAAACCGCUCAACAUCGAUCUCAACCUCCCUCCUCCCAAUUCCGAUGAUGAAGACGAGAUCCGAGUCACCGCCUUAUGCCUCUGACUCCCCACCGCUGCCGAUGACCGCCGAUCUCAUCUCAUUUAAAGUUGAAGAGAAAUUAUAUAUCUCUUUUUUUUUUUUUUUAAUUUCUAUCUUGAUUUUAUGAUUGUAGUUUUAUGAGGCUGAAAUAUUUCAAAAAAAAAAGAGAAAAAAAAACUUUACUUUGUUAGAUUAUGAUGAUGAUGAUAGAUUAUUAUGAUUAUGAUGAUGUUGUAGAGUAUUGAAAUAGGGCAUGGCCAUCCAUUUAUGUUAUGUGAUAAGUGAAGGUCUAUUCAACUUGGAUGGCUGUGUUGUUGUUGUAAUUUUAUUUGGAUCCUAUCAUAUAACAUUGGAAAGGCAUUGAAUCUGAUCUUUUUAGAGUUCUUGUGUUCUUUGUCUCUCUUAGAAUUUUUAUUUUCUUGUGUACAUAAAUUAUGGCAAUAAGAUGAUAGAAUAAAUUUUACAUUU